GACCCUUUUGACCAGAUAGUCACCAUGUUUAGAUAUUAGCAAGCACAUGUGUAUGUGUGCAUUUGAAAAUGGCAGAAGGAAACAAUAAUGAAGAAGUCAUUCACUUGAACAACUUUCACUGCCACAGGGGACAAGACUGGAUCAAUCUCAGAGAUGGACCCAUCACUAUAUCUGACUCCUCUGAUGAGGAAGGGGUUCCUAUGCUGGUCACCCCAGCUCCUCAGGAACACGACGAAGAGGACCUGGAUGAUGAUGUCAUUCUGACAGAAACAAAUAAACCUCAGACAUCACGACCCAAUCUCAUCAAACCAGCUGCCCAGUGGCAAGAUCUCAAAAGAUUGGGAGAAGAAAGGCCUAAAAAGUCUAGAACAGCCUUUGAAUCAGAUAAGAACGGCUAUUUUUCAGUGUGUAACAGCUCAUUGUUUGAUUCUGGGGCACAGGAUGAUUCUGAGGAUGACUACGGUGAAUUUCUGGAUCUUGGGCCUCCUGGAGUUUCUGAAUUCAUUAAGCCAAGCGGCCAAACAGAAAGAGAACCCAAACCUGGACCAAGUCAUAACCAAGCAGCAAAUGACAUCGUCAACCCGAGAUCAGAGCAGAAAAUCGUUAUCUUGGAAGAAGGUAGCCUUCUUUUACCAGAAGGUGAUCCUCUAGACACUCAGAACCAGUCAUCUGAAGAUUCAGAGACAGAGCUUUUAUCAAACCUUGAAGAAUCUACUGCUAUCCUAGAUGAUCAAGCCAUCGGAGAAGACUGCUGGUUAGACCAUCCUUACUUCCAGUCCCUAAACCAACAGCCCCGUGAGAGAACAAACCAGGUUGUUCCUCAGAAGCGGCAGCCUGAAGCAGAACUGGGCCCGUUGUUGUAUCAACAUGAACCCCCAGGGCUGGCUUUUCCAAGGCCAGCUUUUCCAAGACCAGAACCCCAGCAGGAUGGGAUUCCAGGCCCUUCUUCUCCUCAGCCUGCCCAUCCUCUAGGAGAGCUUGAAGACCAACAAUUAGCAAUAGAUGAUGAAGAGCCAGGACCAGCCUUUCCACCACAAGGAUCUCAGGAGCCCAAUUUGGAAAACCUCUGGGGGCAAGAAGCUACUGAGGUAGAUCAAGAACUCGUUGCACUUUUAGUGAAAGAAACAGAGGCAAGAUUUCCAGACGUUGCAAAUGGGUAUAUUGAGGAGAUAAUUCAUUUGAAGAAUUAUUAUGAUUUGAAUGUACUUUGUAAUUUUCUUCUGGAAAAUCCAGACUAUCCAAAGAGAGAAGACAGAAUCAUUAUCAACCCCAGUAGCAGCCUGCUUGCCAGCCAGGAUGAAACAAAGUUGCCUAAAAUAGACUUUUUUGACUAUUCUAAAUUGGUUCCUCUUGACCAGCGUUGUUUCAUCCAAGCUGCUGACCUCCUGAUGGCCGACUUCAAAAUGCUCAGCAGUCAGGAUAUCAAGUGGGCCCUGCAUGAACUCAAAGGACACUAUGCAAUCACCCGAAAGGCCUUUUCUGAUGCCAUUAAAAAAUGGCAGGAGCUAUCUCCAGAAACCAGCGGAAAAAGAAAAAAGAGAAAAGAAAUGAAUCAGUAUUCUUACAUAGAUUUCAAGUUUGAACAAGGUGACAUAAAAAUAGAAAAGAGGAUGUUCUUUCUGGAAAAUAAGCGGCGACAUUGUAGGUCUUACGACCGGCGUGCCCUUCUUCCAGCUGUGCAGCAAGAGCAGGAGUUCUAUGAGCAGAAAAUCAAAGAAAUGGCAGAGCAUGAAGACUUUUUGCUUGCCCUGCAGAUGAAUGAAGAACAGUAUCAAAAGGACGGCCAGCUGAUUGAGUGCCGCUGCUGCUAUGGGGAGUUUCCAUUCGAGGAGCUUACUCAGUGUGCGGAUGCUCACUUGUUCUGCAAAGAAUGUCUCAUCAGAUAUGCCCAAGAGGCGGUGUUUGGAUCUGGAAAGUCAGAACUCAGCUGCAUGGAAGGCAGUUGCACAUGUUCAUUCCCAACCAGUGAGCUGGAGAAGGUGCUUCCCCAGACCAUCCUGUAUAAAUACUACGAGCGGAAAGCUGAAGAGGAAGUUGCUGCAGCUUACGCCGAUGAGCUCGUCAGGUGCCCCUCCUGCAGCUUUCCUGCUCUGUUGGACAGUGAUGUGAAGAGGUUCAGUUGUCCCAAUCCUCGCUGCCGAAAGGAAACCUGUAGGAAGUGUCAGGGACUCUGGAAAGAGCACAAUGGCCUCACUUGUGAAGAGCUGGCUGAGAAAGAUGACAUCAAGUACCGAACCUCCAUUGAAGAAAAAAUGACUGCAGCCCGCAUUAGAAAAUGCCACAAGUGUGGGACUGGCCUCAUCAAAUCCGAAGGCUGCAACCGGAUGUCUUGCCGCUGUGGUGCCCAGAUGUGCUACCUCUGUCGAGUAUCUAUCAGUGGAUAUGACCAUUUCUGCCAGCAUCCUCGCUCACCGGGAGCCCCUUGCCAGGAGUGUUCGAGAUGCUCUCUCUGGACCGACCCCACCGAAGAUGAUGAGAAGCUAAUUGAGGAGAUCCAAAAGGAGGCUGAAGAGGAGCAGAAGAGAAAGACUGGAGAGAACACCUUCAAACGCAUCGGGCCUCCCUUGGAGAAGCCUCCAGAGAAAGUCCAGAGGAUCGAAGCCCUGCCGAGGCCUGUCCCACAGAACCUGCACCAGCCACAGAUCCCCCCCUAUGCCUUUGUGCACCCCCCCUUUCCCCUGCCACCUGUCCGGCCCAUGUUCAACAACUUCCCUCUCAACAUGGGCCCCGUCCCAGCACCCUACGUGCCCCCUCUGCCCAAUGUGCGCGUCAACUACGACUUCGCUCCCGUCCACGUGCCACUGGAGCACAACUUGCCUAUGCACUUUGGCCCACAGCCACGGCAUCGCUUCUGACAGCUCUGUGUCAUGCCUCCUCCCCAGAGCCCCGCCGCUGAGCAGCCCAGCCUGUGCAGGGCCGGGGUUCCGUAGAUUCCCACCUCGCCCCCA